UCAGGUUACCGUCCUAUUCCAACAGACCCUUACCUGGGAGGGAGUUCACCCUUGCCACCCCCUGUAAGUGACAGGAUGAGAAAGAGGCGGGCUUUUGCUGAUAAAGAGUUGGAGAACAUUAUGCUAGAGAGAGAGUAUAAAGAGAGAGAGAUGAUGGAAGCUACACAAGCAGCUGCUCUUUUUCUCCCUAACCGCAUGGUGCAUGGAGCUGAAUACAACUCGUAUAAAACAAUCUUCAACACUACUCAAGUUGAUAGUCCAAACAAGGAGUUUUGCAAUUUUUUACCAGCCUGCCUUGAUCUAACCAUGCAGUAUUCAGGAUCCAGCAACAUGGAACUCAUUUCUUCAAAUGUCAGUGUAGCUACUACCUACAGGCAGUAUCCCCUGUCUUCUAGGUUCUUAGUGUGGCCAAAAUGCGGCCCCAUUAGCGAUGCUCUUCUAUACCAGCAAUGCCUGUUAAACGCUACUACUGUACAAGCUCUCAAGCCUGGAACAGGUUGGGAUGCUAAGGUCUCACAGAGUCAGGACUGUCCAAACACUGAGAGUGAUAUUAUGUCUCCAAAACUGGAAAAUUCACUGGUUCUGACCCACACGCAAGACAUUCAGCAGUCAUGUAGUGAGAUACCGUGCCUUCCUCAGGAAGCUCGUGAGAGGUCAGCUUUCUCUCCUCCAAAAAGGACUUUCUCUCAGAUUUCUGAUAAGGAUUCCCUGGUUCUUCAGGAACAGGUAUUAAGCAAAAUCAGCAAAGACAGUGCCAAGGCCCCUCCACCACUCAAAUACAAUCCAUUUCAGUCGCUGUUCCAGCAAACAUUUCCUGACAGAUCAGGAGCCGAAUUAAGAACAUCGUUCGUGAAAGAGACUUCUGAAGAUGCUUCUAAGAAAUACAGAGAGUGUGCCAUUAAAGAGAACCAAAAAUACAAGUUUACAAUAGACAAAUGCGCAAAAGACUUCUUUGGGGCCAAACAGGCCACGACAAAACUUGCAACAAGUGAGCCACUGUCAUUUUCAGUUGAAUCCAUCCUUAAACGACCUUCUUCUGCAGUUGCUAGUGUCUCUCAAUGA